UCACAUUCCAAACAAAACCAAACGAAAAAACAAAACCUUCAAAAAAAAAGAUCACUCUAUAAAAUUCUGAAACAUAGUCACGAGGAGAAACACACACCACCUCUACAAAAACCUGUCAACCCACGAAACUUGUUUUUUCUUACAAAAAGCAUUUGCAUGUCAACUUCUAUGAUCAUAAAAAAAAUCAGAUGCAGUUCAAUUUAAUGUAGCAAUGGUGAUGAACACGCCCAUCUCAAAGCUCCCAUUCAUCCUCAAACCAUUUUUACUUUCUCUAAUCCUCUCCAUUUCCGCCUUCAUUUUCAUAGCCUCAUUAGCUCCCCACCACCGGAAAACCCUACCCUCCGUCGCCAACUCCACCUCCUCCGGUGGUUUACGCAUCCGCCCCGGUUACUCCUCCUACAAUGCAUACAUCCAACACCAGCUCAACAAAACCCUUAACCCUAAACUCCGUCAGCUUUGGAAAACUCGCGACUGGGACCGUAAAGUUAACGUGUUCGCCCAGUUUUUUGAUUCAUUAAAGCAACGUAGCCUCUUGUCCAAUUCUUCUAAGGCUUUAUCCAUUGGCGCUCGUGUCGGCCAAGAAGUGGCGGCUCUCCGCCGUGUGGGAGUCUCCGACUCCAUCGGAAUAGACUUGGUGCCGUCGCCGCCACUUGUUGUUAAGGGAGACUUCCAUGCACAGCCGUUUGAGAAUGAGACGUUUGAUUUUGAAUUCUCUAACGUGUUUGAUCAUGCUUUGUAUCCGUCGAAAUUUGUUGGGGAGAUCGAACGGACGUUGAAGGGUGGCGGGGUUUGUGUUAUACACGUGGCGUUAUCUAGACGGGCGGAUAAGUAUUCGGCUAAUGAUUUGUAUAGUGUGGGGCCGUUAGUGGAGCUUUUUAAGGAAUCGGAGCUGGUUGAAGUUAAAACAGUUGAUGGUUUUGGGCUUGAUACGGAGGUUGUCUUUAAGAAAAAGAGUAAGACUAAUUUAAGGUUUUGAUUGUAUUUUUGUACCUAUUUUUCUAUUAAUUUAAUUAU